GAAGCCGUGGUUGAUUAUUUAUAUUUAUUAACCUAUAAAAAACAAAACCAAUAAUAUUCAUCAAGUAUCAAGUUGAAUGUUCUUGGAUUGGACCAUUGCAUGAGUGUAUAGUUUAUUGCAGUAUAGUGAGAGAUUUAAGUUUUUUUUUUAUUUACGUUAUGCUGCGAAAUAUAAUCUAUAUUUAGUUUGGACCGUUGUAUUAAAGGGAUUGAUGUGCCGAUUUAAAUUGUUUUGUUGAAGUUCCCAGUAGUUUUUUUUCUGUUUUUAAAAUGCGUAACAGGUAUGAGUUAGGGGCAACUGAGGAUAAUUUUGAUGAUGAGUUGAGUGAAGACACAAGAUCCAGAAGAAAUAGUAUAUAUAGUGUUCCAUUUUAUAUAGGAAUUGGCAUACUAAUAUUUCUUUUACUACUAUAUGGGUCUAUAUUUUUAAUUGAUAAUACACUUCCAACUCCACUAACUGUUGCUGAUGAGAAAAUAUAUCCAGACGCCUUUAUAGCUGAGAGAGCUAUUCAUGAUCUCCAAGUAUUGACAAAUAUUGGGCCACGCAUUACUGGUGGCUAUGAGAAUGAAGUGUUAGCUGUAGAAUUUCUUAAAGGAGAAAUAAAUGUUAUUAUACAACAGGCCAAUCAUCAUCAAUAUAUUGAGCUGGACUUGCAAGUUGUUAGUGGAUCCUACAAUUUAGGAUUAUUGCUAGUAAAUUCAUAUGCGAAUGUGCAGAAUGUGGUUGUAAAGUUGCAUGGUAAAAAUAAUGCAACUAACAGUAUUCUUAUUAAUUCACAUUUUGAUUCGGUACCAACGAGUCCUGGAGGAAGCGAUGAUGGGAUCAACGUUGUUACAAUGCUAGAAAUAUUUCGUAAAUUAUCUAGAUCACCAGAGCGUCCUACACAUAAUAUAAUAUUUCUCUUUAAUGGAGCAGAAGAAACUCCAUUGCAAGCUGCCCAUGGAUUUAUAACAAAACACAAAUGGGCAGAAGAAUGCAAGGUAGUUGUUAAUUUGGAGGCUUGUGGGGCAGGCGGAAAGAUAAUAUUAUUUCAGUCUGGGCCAGAAACUCCAUGGAUAAUGAAAUAUUACUACAAGGUGCCACAUCCAUAUGGUCAGGCAGCUGGAGAAGAACUAUUUCAGAGUGGUGUAAUUCCAUCUGAUACAGAUUUUCGCAUUUUUAGAGAUUUCGGGGGACUUGUAGGUGUAGAUAUGGCGUUCUAUAAAAAUGGUUACAGGUACCAUACUAAAUUUGAUGAUUUCAAGAAUAUCCCUCUUGGAUCUUAUCAACAUGUAGGUGACAAUGCAUUGUCACUAGUGCAGAAUCUUGCAAAUGCCCCUGAGGUAUCAGAUCCAGUUCCAACAUAUGGAAAAAUUGUAUAUUUUGACAUAUUGGGACUGUUCAUGGUAUCAUAUACAACAUUAGUAGCAGCUAUACUUAACUCGAUAACUGUUAUUAUAUCAUUGUCAGUGUUUUUCUACAGUAUUAUGGAUUUUAAACUGAGUUUAACCAAAGGUACUUUUAAAUAUUUAGGUAUAACAUUUGCAUCGAUUUUAGGAAGUUGGGUAAUAGCUGGAGCAGCUGUAUUAUCUAUAGCAUACUUAUUAGAUUUGGCAAAUAGUACAAUGAGUUGGUAUGCAAAUCCUUGGAUUGUUUUGGGGCUAUAUGUGGUACCAGCUGUAGGAUUUUCUGGUUGUUUAUUGUUUCUUAUAAAUCAUGAGAAUUUAUCAUUAAAUAUAAGAACACAGAUCCAGGCUCACAUGAUAAGACUGAUAUGGACAAUAAUUUUGUUAAUAGGGACUAUCCUCAAUAUUCGUAGUGUGUAUGCCCUGUUGAUACCAGUUUUUUUCAAUUCCCUCGGCUUUAUUAUUAUACAUGGCUUCAGGUGGCAACACACAGUUCGAAAAUGGCAACUUGUAUACUUAAUAAGUCUGAUAAUUCCCAGCAUUUCACUAAUGUACCAAAUGUUGAUUACCUUUUCACUGUUUAUCCCAUUGACUGGAAGAAUAGGGCCCAAUAAAAAUCCUGAUGCCAUUAUUGGAGUUGUGACUCUUUUCUUUACGAUAUUAAUAAUAUCUCCAUAUGUAGCCUUAAUCACCCUACUUCGGAAUUCUAAGUAUUUCUUUGCAUUUUUAGGUAUAGUUUUUGCAGUAUUUCUGAUAAUAAUUUUUACUCCUCUAGGAUUUCCUUAUAGAGGUGGUAAUAAUGCUCCAGCUCCUCAGAGACAUUGGCUCGUACACACUAAAAGAGUAUUUCAUAAUGAAAAUGGGACUGUUGAGAAGACUGAUGCUGGAAUCUUCUUUUUAAACCUCGAUAGAAAUUCCCCUACAAUUAUUAAAAAUUAUGUAAAAGAUCUCAAAUAUGCAAGACUUCUUGAAGAGAAUUGUAAAAAAUAUCUUUUAUGUGGUUUGCCAGUAUCACAUUCAAAGAUGACUCAAAUUGUGGAACAUAGUACAUGGAUUCCAGCUAAUCAGCCUGUAAUACAUGAGCCAGUUUCGUUUAAGUUGAAUUCUAAAGAACAUAUCAACGAAACUAUUAUUAGAUAUAAUAUAACGACUUCCGGUUCAGAUAGACUAGCCCUUUACCUAGUACCAAAAAAACAUGCAAAACUCGUAAGGAUGAGCCUAAUAGAUACUAUUGAAUCAUCAGAAUAUGUCUAUAAUAAUAGGCAAUUAUAUUUCAUACUAUUUACCUAUGGGAAAGAUCCAGCUGAUUUAAGUUUUACUUUUGAUAUUAUGGUACCACCAAACUAUAAUGGAUCAACGAUGGAUAUAGCUGUUACUGCUACAUAUGUACAUGAAAAUAAGUUUAUUAAGACACCAUACUAUGUAAAUUUACUCAAGGAAUUUCCUGAUUGGACUGAUGUAACUGCUUGGCUUGGUAGUUACUUAUCUUAUGUUAUAUAAAUAACGAACUGAUAUUUUUAUAAUGAGAGACUAAUUAUGAAAUUAGAUUUUUUUAUGUGGUGCGG